CUGGUUCCUAUCGUGUGUGAUCUUUAUUUCCUUUUCCUCAAGAUCCGAAAAAAUGAUGACCCGGUUCGUGUCAGUAUCCGUGUUGGCCGCCGUCGCCUUCGUGUUGGCAGGCGGGCAGGAGGUCCUUCCCUUCCCCGAGACGGUGCCCGAGACGUCCUUCUCCUGCGUCGACCGACCCUAUGGUUACUACGCUGACAUUGAAGCCAAUUGCCAGGUCUUCCACAUUUGCCUCAAUAACAACAUCUGGUCCUUCCUCUGCCCCAACCAGACGCUCUUCAACCAGGAAUACUUCGUGUGCGACCACGCCACCAACGUGGACUGCUCCCUGGCGGAGAGCCUCUACAACCUCAACGACAACUUCGGCAAAGUGGAGUCCCAAGUGGAGGUGGAAGAGGGAACGGAGGCGCCAGCGGAAUAA